AUGGCGCAAUGGGCAGUACAAGAGAGGGCUGUGAGCAUUCGGGCAGCAUGCCAGGCGUUCGGCAUCAGCCAGACCUGUUAUCGGUAUCAAGCCAAACUGUCUUCAGAGAACAGCGAGAUCGCCAACUGGCUGAUUCGUCUGACGGCCAACCAGCGCAACUGGGGCUUCGGCCUGUGUUUUUUGUACCUGCGUAACGUCAAAGGGUUCAGCUGGAAUCACAAGCGGGUGUACCGGAUCUACCGGCAGCUGGAACUGAACCUGCGCAUCAAGCCGAAGAAACGCCUGGUGCGCGAGAAGCCGGCGCCGCUGGCCGAACCGACAGCCGUCAAUCAAGUCUGGUCGAUGGACUUCAUGCAUGACCAGCUGUCAGACGGCCGCAGCAUCCGGCUGUUCAAUGUGAUCGACGACUUCAACCGCGAGGGGCUCGAUAUUGAAGUCGGAUUCUCGCUGCCGUCCGAACGUGUCAUCCGUUCACUGGAGCAGAUCAUCGAAUGGCGCGGCAGGCCGGAUCGGAUUCGUUGUGACAAUGGCCCCGAGUACGUCAGUGCGGCGCUGAUGGCAUGGGCAAGCCGGCGUGGGAUUCAUGUCGAAUUCAUUCAGCCCGGCAAGCCGCAGCAGAACGCCUACAUCGAACGCUACAACCGCACCGUUCGCUAUGACUG